CGACUGAGUGACUUCAAGGCUAAGCUUUGGAUAAAUGUCACUUGACCUAACCAGAUGAUGGGCGAUGAAGGAGAUCGCCAGGAGCAUGGAGCAGCAGCAGCAGCAGCUGACGAGAUCUCAAUCGAAGAACAAGAAUGGUUGAGCCUGGGCAUGAAAAACAGAGCAUCUGGUGGAGGCAGGGGACAUGAGAACGACGACGACGACAACAACGAUUCCGAUCACACAACUCCUCCUUCUUCCUCGGCGACCCACCACAAGGUUUUCUCCUGCAACUUCUGCAUGAGGAAAUUCUACAGCUCCCAGGCCCUCGGCGGCCACCAGAACGCCCACAAGCGAGAGAGGGGCGCCGCCAAGAGGUUCUUCCACUCCCAGCGGAUGAUGAUGGCGGCCGCCGCCGCCUCCAUCGGCUACCCUUUCGCUCAAAAUUGCGGUGGCUUUUCGUCUUUCACUCCCUCGUUAGCAGCGGCUCGGUCGCUCGGCGUCCAGCCGCAUUCUCUGGUUCACAAGCCUGCCGGGGCGGCG